GCCGAGCGACGACCCCGCCCUCUCAGACACUUGGACACUUCCGAGCGGGGCCCCGCCCACUCUGAUCCACGUGGUCGACCGCAGACUCACGCAGCUCUGGCUGCUGGAGCUGCGUGCUGCCCUGGCUGCGGGAUGGAGGGGACCCAGUCCGGCGGUGCCGCUCGGUUCUCUUGUCCCCCCAACUUCACUGCCAUCCGCUCAGCCUCAGAGCCCUCUCAUCUCUCCCUGGAGACGCUGACAGGCCCGGAUACAGAGCUGUGGCUGAUCCAGGCCCCUGCAGACUUUGCCCCAGACUGCUUCAAUGGCCGGCUGGUGCCCCUCUCCGGCUCCCACAUCGUCAAGAGCAAGUUGGCUGGCAAGCGGCACCGCUAUCAGGUCCUCAGCAGCAGUGAGCCCCAGGCUGGGGAAGCCACCCUGCUGGCUCCCUCAACACAAGCAGGAGGCGGGCUCACCUGUGCCCCUGCCCCACAGGGCAGCUUAAGGAUCAUUGAGGGUCCCCAGGAACCCUUGUCAGGGAGUCCUCUGCAGCCCAUUCCAACAAGCCCCCCACCACAGAUCCCUCCUGGCCUGAGGCCCCGUUUCUGUGCCUUUGGAGGCAGCCCACCAGUCACAGGGCCGGCGUCACCCUUGGCACUGAAGUCUCCCGCCUCGGGGAAGAGGAGAAAGAGGCAGGUGUCAGAAGACUGCACCACUCAGGUGGCUGUGAAUGGUCAUGGGGCCCCAGAGGUAGAAACAGAAAUGGAUGUGGGGAAAAAAAGGAAGAAAAAAAAGCACCAGCAAGGAGAACCAGAAGUGAUGGAGCCAGUGGUGACAGAGCCCAGGGCUGAGAUAUCUGAGCCUCUGGGAAUACUGUUCCCACCCACCUCUAAGAAGCGGAAGAAGCAGCCCAAAGAGGCAGAAACCAUGGAGCCAACAGAAGAGAGAGCAGAGCUAGAACCUGUAGCCAAAAAUGAGUCUCCUGAGGAGACAGUCACCUCCCCUACCAAGAAGAGAAAGAGACAGAAGGAAAUAGAAGGGAUGGAGUCAGACUGGGUGACAGUGGAAGCCCAGCCACAGGUGAAGGAGGAGCUGCAGGAGGAAGCCAUCCCCGGGAAGAAGAAGAAGAAGAAGAAAAAGAGGCCAGAGAUGUCGGUAGAGCCAGGGACUGAGGCUGAGGAGUCAGAGGGGAGACCUCUGGUGCCCCACGGGCUGAUAACGGAACCAGAACUGCCACAGGAAGUGGAGCCUCAGGCAGAGGUGGCCCUGGAGUUCACUAAAAAGAGAAAGAAAAAAGAAAAGUGGCAUAAUGAGAUGCUGGAGCCAGCGGCAGAGGUGGUAGGGUUGGAGCUGCCAGGUGACCUGGAACCUCAAGCAGUACUAGCAUCCACCAAGAAGAAAAAGAAGGACACAGGGCACAAAGCAGGGGAGCCCAGGACUGAGAUGAGCGACCCAGCAAUGGAGAUGGAGGGGCCUGAGCAGCCAGGUGAGAAGGAGCCCCAUGCCAAGGCAGUGCUGGGAUCCACCAAGAGGAAGAAAAGGAAGUGGGGUGAGGAAAAUAGAGUGCUACAGUCGGCACCCCCAGAGGAGAUGCCUGAGGUAGCCCCCCAAGAGAAGAUGCCAGAAGUGCCACUGAAUGUGGAGAUCGGGGACGGGGCUCCUGCAGACAGAAAGAAGAAGCGGAAGAAGCAGCCACAGCUGGAUCCUGCAUAGCCUCCCCAGGGAUACUGAGGAGCUAAAAGAAAAGAAUGAAGGUGGCCACCCGGGCAGUCAGAAGGUGACACAAAGCCAAUGCCUCCCCCACCCCCACCCUGUCAACCUCAGCCAACAACUGCACCAGCACUGGCCAGAUCCUGGCCCUGGACAAUCCUUUAUUGUCACACCAGCAGUGGGGGUCAUCGGGGCACCUUGAGAAAGGGCUCAUGCAGGACAUCAAACAGCCUCCGGGCCUUGGGUGGAGAGAAAUGAAGAACUGGUCAUUAAAGAGGCCGUUGGCUCGAUACAUCUAGA